GGGAGAAAAACUGAGAGUGAAGCACAUAUAGCAUCGGGAAAUAAACAAUAAAAACAAACAAAAAAGCUAAAGUAACUACGUUUCUACCAAACAUUUUUGCAAAAUAAUUAAAACUUUUAGCAAAUUAGCUUAAAAUUAUGUCUUCUACAAAUGAUUCACAACAAUAUGAAUUUAUAAAACGGGAAGAUGAAUUUAUAAAACGUGAAGACGAAGAAAUGUCUGCAGAUGAGGACUCCGAUAAUCGCCAAAAUCCCAACAAUUAUAUGCUCAGGGAACAGGAUCGUUUCCUGCCCAUAUGUAAUAUAAUAAAAAUCAUGAAAAUUCCUGUUCCCGAAAAUGGUAAAAUUGCCAAAGAUGCCCGGGAGUGUAUUCAGGAAUGUGUUUCGGAGUUUAUUUCAUUCAUCACUUCAGAGGCUAUUGAACGCAGUAUGUCCGAGAAUCGUAAGACGGUGAAUGGUGACGAUUUACUGUAUGCCUUUGCCACAUUGGGCUUUGAUAAUUAUGUAGAGCCAUUGGGUGUAUAUCUACAUAAAUUUAGGGAGGCAACUAAAUGCGAUCGCAAUCUGCUAAGUGAAAAUGCCAUGAUACAAGAUGACUCUUCCAGUGAUAUUCGUAAGACCUGAACCAAAACCUCUUGUCCAUACUUCUGUAUACAAAACAUCACAAAUUAUGUCAAUUUAGUUUUAUUUAUAAGUUCGAAUUUCACAUCAAAAUUCACACCAAUUCAAUUCUAUUCAGUUUUUUAGUUAAGUCAGAAAAAAAGAAAUAUUUAAUUUGGACAAAAAUAUAAUCAGGGACUUGUUGUCUUUCGUUUUGUUUAUUUUUUGUCAUAAUUUACAAUCGAUAUAAGCUAUAAUUUUAAGAAUAUUCACUAAUAAUUUAGUAAGUAUUUUUGUUUUUACAAAUAUUUUGUAUAAGUUCCAUCGAUUCGACUUCAAAUAAAAAACAAACAUAGAAAACAAAUAAAUCUUUAAAAUAUCCUAAA